UUGUCACCCUAUUAUGGGCGAGUACUCGGAUAUUGUGCAUUUGUACAUCAAUAACAUUUCGAUUAAUAAACAAAUCAGCUGAGUGCUUGGUGAAGUUGCAAAAAACGCCCACACAUCUCUUUUAUUUAUUUGCGAAAGGAAUUAAAAUUUGUAUAUUGACAAGAUAGUAAUUGAAUUUUCUAGAAUUCUGUACAGGAUAGUACAUAAGAAUUGAGCAAUAUGUCGAAUCCAUUCGGUGAACCAGAUGAUUACGAAUCCGAUGAAAUAUUGGAAGGAUUCCUUUGCCCAAUUUGUCGGGAAGACCUAAAGUCUGCUGAAUUCUUAACUGUGCAUUUCGAAAGGGCACAUGCAGAGCAACAAGACGCACUUAAAUCUGUUUUCAAGGAUAUAAUUUGGAAAGCUAAAAAUAAAAUACGGAAUAUUGACGAAGCUUUUGACCUCUCUCGAAAUUUAGAAAGAAAUGCAACGAUUAGCGGCGCUACCGGCGGCGGUGGUUCAGGGAGCAAUGCAGCAGGUGCAACCUCCGCUGCUAAUAACAAAAUAAAUUUCAGCAAUGCAAGGACGCGCACUAAUGUUUACAAUUUUAUGGAUCACCAGGAGGUUGGGGCAGAAUGCAAUCAUUUGGAGUAUUAUCAAUCGGUAAGGAACCCUCGACUGGAACGUUAUGCUAGUGAAACAAACAAAUUGAUUAUACGUUUGCAUAAAUUAUUAACAAAUUUGCCAACUGAUCCGGUCCUGCGCAAGCAACAUGAACGCAAUAUUGUCACUUGGUUAGAUGGUAGUUCUGUAAAGUUAUGCCCCAGUUGUGCUAAAAAUUUCCAUAUCGCUCGGCGACAACAUCACUGUCGCCUCUGCGGAAGUAUUAUGUGCAAUGACUGUUCAAAGUUCCUAUCAAUAGAAAAUGCGCUGCAACUCGCUAGUUUGGCUAUGUCACAAAGUGAUGCCGCAAAACAGCUGCAAAAUUCCGUUAACGCAAAUUCCUCAAAUCCUCAGCAAACUGCUAUACGCUGUUGCGAUCAUUGUCUCUGGCUUUUAGAAACCCGGCAAGAAAUGCAUGAAAGUCGAACAUACCAUCCACUUGUUUCUCAAGUUUAUACUGAUAUACAACAGUUGCGGAAAGACGUGCUGCCGGACAUCGAAAUGUAUUUGAAAAUUGUUAGCAGCCUUUACGAAGGGGAGUCCAUAUUCACUAUAGCAGAUGCAAGUGCAUUGCGAGGCAAAAUUGGUCAAGUGGCUGAAGCUAUUGAUUUGCGUAGUAAACGCAUAUUGGCUUUACCUUGUCAGCAGGGUAGUCGUGAAGAAGCUUUAAAAAAGUCAAUACGUUUAUCUUGCAUUCAACUAAUCAAAGAUAAAAUGCUUUCGAUACCACCGUUGCCUGCAGAGGAAGAAAUACGCAAAAUACAAGAUCGUAAGCGUAUGGAAGCUGAACAACGUAUCGAAACUGAACGUCGUCUAGCAAUGGAAGCAUAUGAACGACAGGCUUUAGCAAACAACACCAAUGACUUCCAAAACAAAGCUAACAAUGACGGCGAUUACGCAUAUGGGUCCGAUUUGCGUUCGCUGGAUAACUGGUCGGCACAGCCAGUAAAUAUAUCGCAAAGCGAAGAUCCGCUCAUUGAACAAAUAAAUAUUAUAAAAGCAUAUAUAAAGCAAGCGCGUCAAGAAAUGAAUUUUGAUGUAGUGGAAACCCUAGAACUUAACUUACGCGAAUUGCAGCGUGAAUUCUACGAAAGGCAAAGGUCAUCAAAAGAAGUUAACGCGGAGAGGGAAAGGAACAAUCAUCUGACUUAAUUGGAAAUAACUAAUGAUGAUUUACUUUACAUUUAGUUUUUUUUUUUUGUAAUAUAAGGAAUAAGGCACGACGGCAUGGGCCGAAAUUUCAAUAGGCAUUUAAUGCCACGUAAUGUCGGAUAUAAAUAUUUUGUAUUUUUUAGCAAUGUACCGAUGUCGCAUUCUUAAGUAUUAUUUGCAUUAAAGCAUGAUAUAAUGCUCAGAUUCAUUUGCAGUAAUUCUCAGUUCGGAGAUGUAUUUAUGUAUUUACAUAGUACAUAUAAAGUAUGAACUAGGGCUGGGUCUGUCCGCACAUCCGUUUGAAUAUUCGUAUAUAUGGAGAAAAUCCGGAUAUCCGGUAAAUAUCCGUUCAUUU